AUGCGGCGGCUCCCGCUGCCGCUGCUGCUGGCCGGGCUGGGCUUAGGUUUAGGCUUAGGCUUGGGGCUCGGGGAGCGGGAGCCGGCCGCCCCCUCGGGAGCGCAGUGCCUGGAGCACGAUUGCUUCGGGAUUUUUUGGGCGGCCAGGCCCUUCGCGGAGGCCAGCGCGGCGUGCCAGCGGGGCGGCGGGCACCUGAUGACCGUCCGUUCCACCGUGGCGGAGGACGCCAUCGCCUUGCUGCUCCAGAACCGCAGCGGGAGGCUGUGGCUGGGGCUACGCCUGCAUCUCCCUUGCACCGAACCGGCCCAACGCCUCCGCGGCUUCCAGUGGGUGACGGGCGAUCGCCACACCGACUACUCCAACUGGGCGCCGUCGGGGCGGCGGUGCGGGGAGCGCUGCGUGACCGUGUCGCGGGAGCUGCGCUGGGAGGAAGGGCGUUGCGAGGCCCCGGCCGACGGCUUCCUCUGCGAGUACAACUACGCGGGCAGCUGCCCUCGCCUGCCGCCCGCCGAGGGGCUCCCCGUCACCUACGCCACCCCUUUCGGCGCCCGCGGCGGGGAUUUUCUGGCGCUGCCCCCCGGUAGCACCGCCGUCGUCCCGGCGUUGGGGCUGGAGCUGCGGUGCGACAAGGAAGGGGAAAGCGGGGGGCUGCGUUGGGGUCGAGCCGAGCCGGGCGCUUGGCCCUGUCGGUUGGCCAACGGGGGCUGCGAAGGGGCGUGCGGCGAGGAGGGCGGCCUGCCGCGCUGCUCCUGCCCCGACGGCAAGGUGCUGGCCACCGACGACCGCGGCUGCAGCUCGCCCUGCGCCGGCGCGCCCUGCCAGCAUCACUGCAUCGUCGCCGGCGCCACUUUCUUCUGCAUGUGCGACUCGGGCUACCAGCUGGCCGCCGACGGCAGCAGCUGCGAGGACGUCGACGACUGCGCCGUGUUGCCGAGGCUGUGCGAACAGGUCUGCGUCAACACCGAGGGCGGCUUCGAGUGCCGCUGCCACCUCGGCUACGAGAUGCUGGAGGGGCACUGCCGGCCCGUCUCCCGCUGCUACGAGGCGCCCUGCGAGCAGCGGUGCGAGGACGUGCCCGACGGGUACCGCUGCGGCUGCUUCCCCGGCUACGCCGUCGACCCGCAGGCGCCCGCCCGCUGCCUGCUCUACUGCAACCGCAGCCAGUGCCCGGCCGAGUGCGACCCGCACACCCUGUCCUGCGAGUGCCCCGAGGGCUUCUUGCUGGACGGCGAUGCCGACAGCGGGCAGGUCUGCGUGGACAUCGACGAGUGCGACAUGAACUUCUGCCAACACAACUGCACCAACCACCCCGGCGGCUAUGAGUGCCACUGCCACGCCGGCUACCAGCUCCUCAACAAGAACGACUGCGUCAAAAUCCUGGAGGAGGACGGGGAGGGAGCGUACUCGGGGGAUUUCGGGCUCGGACCCCAGACGCCCGUCCCCAGCCGGACCCCACCGAAGGCGGAGCACCUCCACCCCGGGGUGCUGGUGGGCAUCGCCGUGGGCGCCCUCUCCGCGGCCCUGGCCCUGCUAGCCCUGGGGUACCACCUGGCGAAGAAGCGCUGCAGGCCCCCCGCCACCAUGGAUUACAAGUGCAGCGGCCCCCACGAAAAGGAGAUGGGACUUCAGCCGGUCACCUCGGGGUGCGCUGCCUCCGGCCAGAAACUGUAGGGAGACCGGGCAGGACGGAGAGAGGGAGGUGGACGGAACUGGGUAACAUUUACUUCCCCCCUCACCCCACCCCGCAAUUUUUUAAUGAUAAAGAGAAUUUGGGAAAAGCUGUGAUCACCCCCCCCACUUCCAAAAACACUCACUGCUUUCCAGCCGGCUCUUGCAAUACUCGCGCCAGAGAGUGGGGAAGGUGGAAGGCACGGAGCGCUGCUCCAUUUCUGCAGCGGCGGGCGUUCGGCUUUCCUUUUCCCGAGCCAGCCGCCGGCG